AUGGAUAAGCGUUCCAAUGAUCGGGGUAUUCAUACCCUGGAGUCUCAGUCCCUCGAUGGAAGUGAACCUUCCAAAAUAUAUGAAAUCAACGCGUACGAAUUAGCAAACCAGAUCCUGGAGGAUUAUACCCAACCUGACUCGAAAUACGUUCAAGGACUUACCGGUUCUUUGGGCAUUAUCCACGCUUAUUUUACCCCAAAGCCCAGUGAUUACGUGGAACCAGAUACCUGGAAUAAUGUUCGCAAGAGCUUUUCUCAAAAGUUUGUGGAAAGUCCGCUUCAGAAGUGGGGAUUUAGUGGAAUGGAUGAUAUUACGCAACAGCUCGUUCUCAAGUGGGAAAGAUUCGGCCCGGAUAAUAAAAUAAGCCUAGUACAAGACUUUUUUCUUCUUGCCCUGGACUCUAUGGGACUUUCAGUCUUGAACAUGCGCUUCAACUCAUUCUACAAGUCCGAACUUGUUCCAUUCGUGGGAUACCUGUAUGAAUUGGCGGAAAGGCUUUCAGAGGCCAAGCCAGCCGAUUGGGCAAUCCCAGACCCAAACUCAGGGCAAAGCAGGUCGGAUAAACCCCCAGUUCAGGGUGAUAGUACCAUAGAUACAAAAGAAGUCGACGGACUCGCAAACCUAGUUCUGGACAGGUUGAAGGAAGCGAUCCGGAAAAGAGUAAUUAGUCCUAACAAGUACGAUGUCUUGAGUGAUAUCAUGCAGGUGGACGAGAAAAAACGAGACGAGAAUCUGGAUGCUGUGUCGAGGUAUCUCGCGAUGUUGUCUGUCGCUACGAUAGGUCUAAUCUCAAGUGUCUUGUCCUUUGCGAUAUAUGAGCUACUCAAAAACGAACCGGCUCGUAAAAAGCUCCAGGAAGAAAUUGAUGAAGUGCUGCAGGGGGGUGACUGUAAACCUGAUCACCUGAGCCGAAUGCCUUAUCUCACUGCUGUCCUGGAAGAGACUUUAAGGCUACACCCUCCUGUUCCGAAACUUGCCUUUUUCGCUUCGGAAGAUAAGGCCUUCAACGACAACACUAUACCCAAGGGAUCGAAAAUCUUCAUUGAUGUUGAAUCGAUUCUGAAAGAUACGGACCCUAUUGCCUGGGGGGAAGAUGCAAACGAGUUUAAACCCGAGCGAAUGGAGGGCAUUAAAUUCGAGGACGACAAGAGACUCAAGUCGCUGGAAAAAAGCAAAGAUACCUACUUCGGAAAUCCGUUCAUUACGAUGCUAGCCAAACUGGCUAUUGUAUCGUUGUUUCAACGUUUCGACUUUAAAUUGGUUGACGCCGAUUAUCAUUUGAACUGGGAACAACAAAUCGGGCCUGUACCCGGCAAUCUUUUACUCCAUGCAUCGCUUCGUGGCCAAUCGCAAUCAAGCGCCGGGGUUACUGAAGAGCCACCUGUGUCACAGGUGACCCAAACACCAACCCCACAUACGCCUGAAAAGAAAGAAACUCCUAUGUACAUUCUCUGGGGCGGCCGAGAUGGAACAUGUGAGAACUAUGCAGAGACUUUGCUCCGAUGGGCCCCCGCCAAUGGAUACAAACCCAUAAUGGCCGAGUUGAAUAGAUACGCCAAGAAAGACGCGCUUCCAAAAGACGGACCGGUGAUCAUAAUUGCGGCUACUUACGCAGGUUAUCCGACCGAAAAUGCAAAAGACUUUCAUGCAUACUUGUCAAAAUUAGUUGCCGAAAAGUCGACCGAACUGGAAGGCGUGAAAUACGCGGUAUUCGGUUGUGGCCGAAGUGGGUGGUCAGACACUUACCAAAAGGUCCCAAUCGAAUUCGACGAUAUGCUAACUCGCGGUGGGGCUGAAAAAUUGACUAAUAGAGGAGAGUUUGAUGCUGGUAGGCCAUUUACCGCCGAUGCAUUUGACGAUUGGGCAGCCAAGCUCUGGAAUGUACUCUCAAAGCAAUACGAUGUUACCUAUGAUGAAUCUCUCUAUCGUGAGGUGUACGAGAUAAGACAAAUAGGAAAUGCAGAUGCACGGCAUCGAAUCUUGAGACAAAAGGACACGAUUUCGGCCGUCGUGGUUGAAAAUAGGACGAUUUCGAAUCCGGAUGGCACUUUACCAGCUCGUCAUAUAGAACUAAGGAUGAGGGUGAAAGAGGCUUGCAAGUAUCAGCCAGGCGAUGUUAUAUCGGUUCUACCGACAAACCCCAUUGAGGAUGUUCAUCGAGUCUUUAGGCAUUUCAGAAUGCCUUUGGAGCAAGAAUUCCGUGUCGAAAAAUUAUCUUCCUCCGUGUUCGAGACCCUGCCUGCUGGUGAACGAGUCAAAGUGUUCGAACUUUUGAUCAACUUUGUUGAACUUGGAAAGCCAGCUCAGAAGUCACACCUUCGGAUCUUGAUGAAGCACACGCGAAACGAAGACACAAAACGAGAGUUACAAUCCGAGAUCAACACCUCCCUUGCAAACACUAUCAAGAAUCACCUAAGCAUACUUGAUUAUCUUGAGAAGUAUCGGGACAUUGAGCUUCCAUUUAACAAAUUCUUUAUUAUGCUUCCUUAUAUGCGGACACGAGAGUAUUCCAUAUCUUCUUCGCCACUCUGGAAGCCCAACACCCUUACUUUGAGCUAUCAAGAGCACACCAAGGGUGUUUCCAGCGGCUACCUUGCUCGACAAUCUCCCGGAGACGUCAUACGCUUCACAUGGAGAGUAUCUUCUCAUGCGCACUUUGGUCUCCCUGAACGACCUGACAAGGAUGGGAACCCGGUUCCAGCAAAUGAAGCAGAGAAACCUGUCGUGAUGUUCGCGACCGGAACCGGCAUUGCCCCAUUCCGUUCCAUGAUCCAAGAUCGCUGGGUGAGGGCAAGACAGGGAGAAAAGGUCGGCAAGAUGAUUCUGUUCUUUGGCUGCCGCGAUCCGAAGAAGGACUUCCUUUACGCCGAUAGCGACUUGAAAGAUUGGAUGGACCAGAAGAACUGGAAAGGAGAGAGACUUUUGGAUGUGCGGCCUGCCUUUUCGAGACCUCCAGAUGAAGCGGCCAAAGUUCAGUCAUCUGGAUGCAAGUAUAUUCAAGAUCGUGCGCAGAAGGAUGCGGACCUUCUCAUAGAGGUUUAUGACAACGGUGCUAGAUACCUCACAUGCGGGAACGUGGCUGCGAGCAAGGGACUCGAGGCAGUUGGAAAGGAGAUUGUACGCAAAGGUCACGAGAAGAAGGGCAAGACGCCGCCACCACCGGAGGAGAUUAAGAAGUUUAUCGGACAAAUCUAUUUCACGGAUGUAUUUGGCUAA